UGCAGAAGGCGGAGAACGCAACAGGGAGACUGUGUACUGUGCCUCCCAGGGAAUGAAGGACAAAAGAUGUUUAUACACGUGCUAUAAGAGCCCCUGCUUAAGUCUUUAUUGGAAAACAUGGGUGUAAAGUAGUGAAGAAUCCAUAAAGAGCUUUUACUUCCUGCUGGAUUUGAGACUAUUUUUCACUUACUGGAUUGUGAUAAGUACUUUUUUUUUUUUUUUAAAGGGACUGCUUUUGUGGUCUCACGUUCUUCUAUUCAUUCUGCAUUAUCUUAGCUAUUUCCUUUAUCUGAUACUACUUCCAAAUACAAGUAAAGACGCUUAUGGUGAAGCUGGCAGUAUCCUAAAAUAAAGAAACAUUUCACAGCCUUUUGCAAGAAAUCAGUUUUUCACCUUGUGCUGCUUAGUUUAAAUACUCCUUUUUUUUUUUUUUUUUGUUCUGCCUUGUAAGAUAUAUUUCAAAGUUCAGCAAAUUUGAAAAGUGGAGAUUUUCUUUACGUUUUAAAGGAAUCACAAAAGUCUUUACCUUGGUUUACUCAACCAUAAUAUAUAUAUAUUUUUUUAUGGAUUCGCAUUUGGAACUGUGCUUUUGAAUACCUGAUCUGUGGCUUUGUAAACUUGAUAGGGUGAUGGGCAUAAUACAUCGGAAACAACGAAGAGUUUGUAAAGGCCUUUGGAGAAGACUGGCAAACCGCUAAAUACCGUAAACAAAAGCAGUUUCAUUUUUCACCGCUCUUAUGAAUGCCACAACGAACAAGCUUUGCCAGCUAAAUCUAGCAGUCGGACCACUGAGCUUACUACAGCUCGAUUCUCGUAAAUUGGGUUUCUUCCCGCCCUAACGUAAACCUAGAAUAAAUAUAUAUUUUUGUGUUUACAAGUGCAAUAUCAAUAUUUGAAUAUCGCUUUAUUGGAAUACAAAACUAGAAGGACCUUUUAAUUAGAAAGGCCCCAUGAACAGUAAAUAAAACAAGUGGUUUAAAAAGCAACAGUUCUUAUGAUAAUUAAAUGGGAUUUAUAUGUACAUACUGAAUUUUGCUUUGUCAAAAAUUUAUAGUAUCUUGUUACAGAAUUUUGGAUUUUUUUUUUUUUUUAGAGUUCUAUUUUUCUAUCUCCUCUCAGUGACCUACUACAAGUGGAACUACAACAUAACUGUGGAUUGCUUUUUUUUUUUUCUGGAUUUUUGUUUCUUCCUGGUGGUCCCCAAUUUACUUUUCCCUAAGUUGCAUCUUAUUAAUGACCCCAGGAGGCAGUCCCAUGAAAGAGUGUGGAUAUAGCGAAGUUAACACUCGCGGAACGUCCCCCAUGGAGUCUCCUCAUAAAAAGAAGAAAACUGCAAUACGGCGUAAAUGGGAGGUAUUCCCAGGAAGGAACAAGUUCUUCUGCAAUGGCAGGAUCAUGAUGGCCAGACAGUGUGGAGUCUUUAUCCUUACAUUGGUCCUGAUCCUGUUCACUAGUGGAGUCUUCUUUGCUGUUGAAUAUAAUCCUGUUCAGGAGCCACCAAGAAGUGCUUUUUCCAAGCAGGAGACAGCUGGUCUCUGUGAGGAGCGGCUUCCUCUCAUGCCAGGGGAGCAGUCGUCCUUCCGGGCAGUCAAGGGUGCAGUGUUCGGCACUGAAAAGUUUACCAGCCAGGUGGCAUUAUACAGUAGCCUGGUGGGACAGAGUAUAUGGUCCUUGACUGGUUUCACUGUUGUGGAAGCUGUGGUGUGCUUCUUCUCCGUUUGGUCAAUUGUUGGUCUUUCAGGUUUUCAUACAUACUUGAUCAGCUCCAAUCAAACCACCAAUGAAGAUAUAAAAGGGUCCUGGUCAAGUAAAAGAGGAAAGGAGAACUAUAAUCCAUACAGCUAUGGCAAUAUAUUUACCAACUGUUGUGCAGCACUUUGUGGACCAAUAAAUCCAAGUUUAAUUGACCGAAGAGGAAUUAUACAAGCAGAUAUGGCACAGACAGUUGCACCAUCCAAUGGGUUGACUAUGUAUGGGUCCACUCAGUCUCAGAGCAAUAUGUGUGACCAAGACCAAUGCAUUCAGAGCACCAAAUUCGUUUUGCAGGCCGCAGCUACACCACUUCUACAGACUGAGACCACCAUAACCAGUGAUCAGCCACCAUUAUCAGGAAAGAACGCUAUAACUGCACCUUGCGCCUCAUUGGCUCUUGGGCAGCCAACACCUCCAUCCUCAAUGCCAAACCUUAAUUCAGAAACUAUUUUAACAGACAUGAUCCCAUUGAAAGAAGAUAUUGGAAACCACCAAUUCCUAACACCAGAUGAGGCGCCUUCACCUCCAGGAAUGCUACCAGCAACUAGCCCUGUAACUCACAGCCAUACCAUGCACGUCCUAAAUCUUGUCAGCCAAGACUCAUUGCAUGAAGACUCUGUACGUGGUCUUGUGAAACUUAGUUCAGUUUGACCAACUGUGAUACUACAAUACUCUGGUUAUUACAAAACACUUGUGUCAAACACCGUGAUAUGCUUGCACUGUGUGAUGCCAGAUGCCCAUUGUACAGUUACAAAACGUUUGUUCAAAACAGGCAAGUGGUUUUCUCGUGGUCAAGACGGCAUUUGUUUACUCAGCUAAGUAAGCUGAUUGUGUGAGUGAGUUAAUUUUUUUUUUACAGCAGCCAACUGCCUCAUUCAAAUCUGUGUUUUCCAGACUAUUUCAGAACUAUUGUGGCAAAAUAAACAACUAUAGAAAUGUUAAAACGGAGAGUCGAGUCAUGGAUAAUUAUGGGUAUGGUUUCCAGUAACCCUCAAGAUCUUCUGUUGGAUUACUUUCCCAGUGAAGAUGGGAAGCCAGUGAAUACCAUUGUAUUCAACAUGGGUUGGGAAUGAUUGGUUUCUAUUAGAAUAGUACAAGUUAAGUUUUAAUAUUAUGUGCACUGAAAUACAUACAGGAAAUAUUCAAAGACAAACUAAAGAUUGAAUGUUUUCUAAGCUAAAAAAAAAAUAUAUCCAUUCCAUAAAAUAACCACAUUUUGUGGCACCAAAUAAGAUUUGUUUUAGUUCCUUCUUGGUUUGUGUUUAAAAGAAAAUACGUUAUGCUGAAAUAUAAAACACAUGCUGCUUUUUUGUUAUUGGCGCAAACACCAAACUAAAAUAUAUAUGGACACUGAAAAUUUGGAACUUUAUAAAACGUGUUUGUUCAGCUGUGCCUAACAUUUGAAGGGCUGCUGAGUUAUAUUGCAUAUAGUUGACUCACAUUUCAGUUUUUAACAGAGGCAUAGCGUGAUGAAGCGACACUUUCUUUCUCCCCAACACGUGCUGCAGUUUUCAGUUGGCAUCAAAUAAAGUUACAUUUUGUCUUAUAA